AUGACUGUACAAGUUGCAGACGAAGUCGAUGAUCAUGUUAUGAUGAAGGAUGGCCUUCAAAUCUCUAAGGAGGAUAGAGAGUAUCAUGAAUACAUGGACUCCCUUUAUAAGAAGAUUGGCGGACAAGGCAAAACAAUUAACAUCCCAACAGAGAGAUCAUUAUCUGUUGCACAUCCAUGGCAUGGAGUUUCUAUUGGCCCAUCAUUCCCUGAUAUUGUUUCGGCUGUAAUUGAAAUUCCAGCAUUAUCUCGUGUUAAAACCGAGCUUGAUAAGCCGUCAGGACUUCUUAAGGUCGACAGAAUUCUUCACUCUUCUGUUAUUUAUCCAGCAAACUACGGCUUCAUCCCAGAAACAUUGGCUGAAGAUAAUGACCCUCUCGAUAUUUUAGUUCUUUGCCAGUUAUCAGUACCACCGCUUGCUUUAAUGCGCGUUCGUCCUAUUGGCAUUAUGCCAAUGGUUGAUGGUGGCGACCCAGAUGAUAAGAUUAUCGCAGUUGCUGUCUCUGAUCCAGAGUACAAUAUUUACUACGAUGUUAGUGAACUUCCACCAUUCAAGCUCCUUAUGAUCAACCAAUUCUUCAAUGAUUAUAAGACUCUUGAACGCAAGGAAGUCCGCACAUUCAAACCAAUGGGCGCUGGCCAUGCUAAGAGAAUUAUUAAGCAAUGCUAUGAUCUUUACCAUUCACAUUUCAAGGUUGAGACCAAAUAA